ACAUUGGAAAAAACACACACGGAAUCAAGGAUGAUAGGAAGAAUCUGUUCGUCGAUUCCGUCGACAAAUCCGAGCGAGCUGAAGCCAUUUCAGACUAUCAACGGAUUGCAGCACCUCGCUGAAGCUCGCCAAUUCAAGGCAUGGUUCUUGGAUCAGUUUGGGGUCCUGCACGAUGGGAAACAGCCGUACCCAGGUGCCAUCACUACAUGUAUGUUCUCAACUGUUUGCUUUGGCAUUUUGUAGAAAAGUUGGCAAACUGUGGUGCAAAGAUGGUGGUAAUAAGUAAUUCUUCAAGGCGUGCAUCAACAACAAUAGAAAAGUUGAGUAGCCUUGGGUUUAAUCCCUCGCUCUUCCUUGGAGCCAUUACCAGUGGAGAGUUAACACACCAGUACCUUCUGAGGAGGGAUGAUCCAUGGUUUGCUGGACUUGGAAGCUCCUGCAUUCACAUGACUUGGAGUGAUCGAGGCGCUAUAUCUCUUGAGGGCUUAGGGCUCCAAGUAGUGGAUAAUGUAGAAGAUGCUGAGUUUGUUUUGGCUCAUGGUACUGAAGCUUUGGGGCUUUCAUCUGGAGAUGCACUUCCCAUGACACUUGAGGAACUUAACAAAAUUUUGGAGCAAUGUGCUGCUAAAAAGAUUCCUAUGGUAGUAGCAAAUCCAGAUUUUGUUACUGUUGAGGCUAGAGCCCUACGUGUGAUGCCUGGAGCAUUAGCAGCUACAUAUGAGAAGCUUGGCGGGGAAGUGAAGUGGAUGGGCAAGCCCGGUGAGAUCAUAUAUAAAUCAGCCAUGGCAAUGGUUGGCAUAGAGGCUGCUGAUUGUAUUGCUGUUGGAGACUCUUUCCACCAUGAUAUAAAAGGUGCAAAUUUAGCAGGAAUAUCUUCAGCUUUCAUUACAGGUGGAAUCCAUGCAACCGAACUUGGACUCAGUAAAUUUGGAGAAACUGCAGCUGAUUCUUCUGUUCAUUCUCUUGCCUCAAAAUAUGAGGCUUAUCCAACGUAUGUGCUUCCCUCAUUCACAUGGUAACAUGUAUGCUGGUUCAGAGAGAAAAAGUUCAUCCAUACCAACAAUGAUUGUCGUUGCAUAAGAACAUCACUAAAUGCACCAUCGCUACUAAAUCAUGCCCAAUUAUUGAUGCUUUGAAAAAGUUUCUGCUGUUCAAGUAAUGCCAACACAUUUUCUAGCACUUAGUUUGUUGUAAUUGGCCAACGCCCAUAAUUUGAGACUCAAAGGUAUGUAAUGCUGCAGUCUAAUCAAUCUGUUGAUGUUAUAUUAAAGGAUUUCUUGUUAAUGGUUGCAUGAAUUUCUUUGUGGCACCAC